CCGCAAGGCAUCCGUCCGCUCGCGGACAAGAUCGAGGCCCUACGAGUAUGGCCCGAGCCCACCAACACUGCGGACGUUCGUUCAUUCAUGGGAUUGGCGGGCUACUAUUAGCGAUUCAUCACCGGAUACUCCAAGAUUGCUGCACCUAUGAUGAGGUUACAGUCGCCAAAGGUGCCAUUCGUAUUCGAUUACGACGCACGCCGGUCAUUCCAAGCACUUAAGACGGCCAUGCUCAUGGCACCCGUCCUCAGCAUCUAUGACCCCACCUUGCCGACGAGAGUGACUACGGACGCUUCCGGCUAUGGCAUUGGGGCAGUCUUGGAACAACACGACGACGACGACUGGCACCCUGUGGAGUAUUUCAGCCACAAAGUGCCUCCCAUCAACUCACUUGAUGAUGCACGGAAGAAGGAGCUACUCGCGUUCGUCAUGGCUCUCAAGCGAUGGCGGCACGUCCUCCUUGGGCGUCGUAGGUUCACAUGGGUUGCGGACAACAAUCCAUUGACCUACUACAAGACGCAAGAUACGGUGAGCAGCACGAUCGGACGAUGGAUGUACUUCAUCGACCAGUUUGACUUCACACCGAAACAUCUACCCGGCCUCUCAAAUCGCGCAGCAGAUGCACUCUCGCGAAGACUAGAUCUUUGCGCUAUGACACAUCAUGCCUUCGCAUUCGACGAGGAGCUUCAGCGACACUUCAUCCGGGCAUAUGAGUCUGAUCCUGACUUCGGCACGCUCUAUGCACAACUAUCUUCGGAUCACCCGCCGACCAGCCAUUACCGCAUUGCCGACGGGUACUUGCUCCUCCACUCACGAGGCAAGGACUUACUAUGUGUCCCACGCGACCGUCGUCUUCGGACUCGCCUCCUCGGCGAGUAUCAUGAUUCACGACUCGCCGACCAUUUCGGAGUCAACCGCACUAUUGCACGGCUUCGACAGCGAUUCCGAUGGCCCAACCUCAUUAUCGAUGUCACCCGAUAUUGCAACUCUUGCGAAAAAGAUUGGGUUGACCGUCUCCCCGACAUCGAGUUCGCCUACAACACUUCGGUGCAUCCGGCGAUCGGCGUGACUCCAUUCGAGUUGCACCACGGUGGACGGAAAGGCCGGAUCUUUGCAAACCUUCUCCUCCCUCGACCAAUCGGCAUCGACGAUUCCUGCUCUACCGCUUCUGUUCGAAAGUAUAGGGAAUUGCUGACUCAAGCCCGCACAAAUAUGCAAAAGGCUGAAGUUCGCAUGCAGCAGCAAGCCAACAGGCGUCGCGUACCAUGUCCCAUCCGCGUCGGUGAUCUGGUUUGGGUCGCCUCGGAAGAGUUUGCACUGGAACAGGAUGUUUCACGCAAACUGCUUCCCAAGUGGUUUGGACCUUGGUCUGUGACAGCAGCCGCGGACGAUGAGCCCGAUGGCCCUUCAUUUGUGAUCAACAUUCCAGAGCAUUUGACGGUCCAUCCGGUCUUCCACGCCUCGAAGCUGGCAACAUACACGCCAGCCAAGAGCGACGACUUUCCGGACCAACGAUCGCAGGACCCUCCUUCUAUGGAUGGCCAUCAGGAAGUUGACCGCGUCAUCUCCGAGCGCAAGUACGGCAGCAAGCCGCGGCAGUACAAAGUCACAUUCAAAGCAUGCGAUCGCGACGACACUCGGUGGAUUUCAGGCGCAGAUUUGAAAGCAUCCGCGCCGCUGAUCUACGUGCAUUAUGAAAAGCACAGGUUAGCUUAGGAAGCUUCACGACCAGCCCCUCCCACCCGGAUUGUGAUCCCUCCCUCAGAGAGACAGCUUCGCCCUCGCAGGUAAG